AUGGAGCCAGCUACGGUUGAGGCGGGUCUGAAGGUCAGGCAUGCUUCUCAGGGAGGCUUUUCCGGGCAGUUCUCAGGGGCAGGUCCGGAGCGUAUGCAUUUCGCUGGAGAUAUACAGGAUUGCUCUGAGGUGCCUGGGCAGGAUGGUAGAUGGGAAAAGAAGAAACCCAAGAGCUAACGAGGGAACACAACACCUGGAAACUUCUUCUGGCUGGCAGCCCUGAAGACUGAUGAAGUCAGGGAGGUUACUGACCCCAGCAGCCCUGCUGAGAAACCAUUAGUCCCGUUGCCAUGGAGACCAAAGACUCUGAAGACUGGGAAAAACCUCAGAGGAAAUCAGCGAGCCGUUUGUGGGAAAGCAAUCAUGGCCCCGCUGAGAUGAGGCCUGAGUUACUUCCAGAGACCAAGGAGGCACCCGAGGCUGGUGAGCAGGCUGAAGAUGAAGAGCCCCGCUGCCUCAUCCCAAUCCAGAGGAAUUCCAUCUUCAACCGUGCCAUGAGACACAAGCGCAAGUCCAGAGGCAAAUCUGAGCAGAGCGCCAGUCACCAAGCAGAUUCGUCAGAAAGUGGGAAAUCUGUGAAUGAACGCUUGGCCUUGAAUCUGCCCCAGGGAGGAGUGUCUCCCUGGAGAACACCAACACAGAGGGUCACAGGAGCCCAGGAAGCCAGCGAGUCAUCCUCCACCCCUGGAAAUGGAACCACGCCCGAGGAGUGCCCGGCCCUCACUGACAGCCCCACCACGCUCACUGAGGCCCUGCAGAUGAUCCAUCCCAUUCCCGCCGACUCCUGGAGAAACCUUAUUGAACAAAUAGGGCUCCUGUACCAAGAGUAUAGAGACAAAUCGACCCUCCAAGAAAUCGAAACCCGGAGGCAACAGGAUGCAGAAAUACAAAGCAACUCAGAUGAGUCCCAGGCUGGGGAAGACACGCCAGAGGAGGAAGAGGAAGAGGAGGAGGAGGAACUGGCCAGUCCACCUGAGAGGAGGGCUCUGCCUCAGAUCUGCCUGCUCAGCAACCCCCAUUCCAGGUUCAACCUCUGGCAAGACCUCCCUGAGAUUCAGAGCAGUGGCAUACUGGACAUUCUCCAGCCUGAGGAGGUCAAACUGCAAGAGGCCAUGUUCGAGCUAGUCACCUCCGAGGCUUCCUACUACAAGAGCCUGAACCUGCUGGUAUCACACUUCAUGGAGAAUGAGCGGCUGAAGAAGAUCCUGCACCCGUCCGAGGCUCACAUCCUCUUCUCCAAUGUCCUGGAUGUCAUGGCUGUCAGUGAGCGGUUUUUGCUGGAGCUGGAACACCGCAUGGAGGAGAACAUCGUCAUCUCGGACGUGUGCGACAUUGUGUACCGCUACGCAGCUGACCACUUCUCAGUCUAUAUCACCUACGUCAGUAACCAGACCUACCAGGAGAGGACGUACAAGCAGCUCCUACAGGAGAAGACAGCUUUCCGGGAGCUGAUCGCACAGCUGGAGCUGGACCCCAAGUGCAAGGGCCUGCCCUUUUCCUCCUUCCUCAUCUUGCCCUUCCAGAGGAUCACAAGACUCAAGCUGCUGGUCCAGAACAUACUGAAGAGAGUAGAAGAAAGGUCUGACCGCGAAGGCACUGCCUUGGAUGCCCACAAGGAGCUAGAGAUGGUGGUAAAGGCGUGCAACGAGGGCGUCCGGAAGAUGAGCCGCACCGAACAGAUGAUUAGCAUCCAGAAGAAGAUGGAGUUUAAGAUCAAGUCAGUGCCCAUCAUCUCACACUCCCGGUGGCUGCUGAAGCAGGGCGAGCUGCAGCAGAUGUCCGGCCCCAAGACCUCCCGCACCCUGCGGACCAAGAAGCUCUUCAGAGAAAUUUACCUCUUCCUCUUCAAUGACCUGCUGGUGAUCUGCCGGCAGAUCCCUGGAGACAAGUACCAGGUAUUCGACUCAGCCCCAAGGGGCCUGCUGCGAGUAGAGGAACUGGAGGACCAGGGCCAAACAUUGGCUAAUGUGUUCAUCCUGCGACUGCUGGAAAAUGCAGAUGACCGGGAGGCCACCUACAUGUUGAAGGCAUCCUCCCAGAGCGAGAUGAAGCGCUGGAUGACCUCACUGGCCCCCAACAGGAGGACCAAGUUCGUGUCCUUCACGUCCCGGCUGCUGGACUGUCCCCAGGUCCAGUGUGUACACCCGUAUGUGGCCCAGCAACCUGAUGAGCUGACGCUGGAACUGGCGGACAUCCUGAACAUCCUGGAGAAGACGGAGGACGGGUGGAUCUUUGGCGAGCGCCUGCAUGACCAGGAGAGAGGCUGGUUUCCCAGUUCCAUGACAGAGGAGAUCCUGAACCCCAAGAUCCGCUCCCAGAACCUCAAGGAAUGUUUCCGAGUACAUAAGAUGGAAGACCCUCAGCGCAGCCAGAAUAAGGACCGCAGGAAGUUGGGCAGCCGGAAUAGGCAAUGAACCCCAGCUUUGGCACUAGCCUGAAGGAGGGGUGUGGGCAGGGGGUGCAGACCCAGCAGAGAACCCCAACAGAUACAGAGGGUCCUCGGGAGGAAAAGUCAGUGCCUUCCCAGGCAGCAGGAGUGGCUUGGGCCUGCACUGUCCCUACCUGCACUGUAGGGGGCACUAGCGUCCUGGUCACUCCCUUGCUUACACACUGGCAGUGAUGGCUAAGUACACCACCACCUCUCCAGUCUCUCCGAGCUAGAAGAGGGUAGGCAUGUUCCGGAGAGGCCCACACAGGGGUUCCCGGCCCGAGGCAGGCAGGAGGUGACUACUGUCAAGUUCCCUGAACUGCACGUGUCCUUCCCUACUUUGGAAGCCGUAAGAGUCCACCAGGCACAGCAAAGGGCCGCCCCUGCCUAAGGGAGCUUUUGAGCAGUGCUGAAGCUGCCCGCCCCUCCCUGCGCCUCUGCCAGCCUCUCUUGCACGGCCAAGCCCUGCCCUCAGCAGGCCUCCCAGAGCUUGGCUGAGGGUUCAUGUCUCUGGCUCCUUGAAGGGCUAGAUGUCGCUUGUGUCUCCUGGCCCCUGAAGGAGCCCAGGUGUUUUUUUGCAGAAUGAAUUGGUCACUGCAUCCUUUAUGGUCAUGGUUUUGAGAAAAGCAAAUAUCAUUUUUUUGGCUGCAUUAAAAGAAGCAUCCUGUAUAAA